UACAAGGCGCGAUUGUUAAAAUAUUAGAAGGAUUUGCGAGCCAUGCGCAAAUGUCACCAGUUUCUAUGACUACGAUAAGGAAAAACACUGCUAUUCUUCACACACACAUGUAUACAGCGUGAUUCUUUUACAUUUACCUUAACAAUAUCAUCGAAUGAACACACCCCGUUUUUCGACAUCUGACGCUCUAUACUUAACUUUUUGAAAAAACAAAAUGGAAUCUGAAAAAAGCGGUUACGGUAAGAUCGGAGAACGGCCAGUCACUCGGUGGCGCAGGGAACCGGAAGACACCGCCGGUCCAUCAAACAAAGUAGUGGACAGACCUCCGACAGGCUUCGUGAGACCUCAGAGCAAAUUCGAGCGGCCGAGAUCUCGCCGAGGAUACAAGGACGAACAAUCGGAACAUGUCAACUCCGCUACUUUCCGCUCGGCAACGCCUGGACGUCUCGCCCUGGCGAGGCCACCGUCGGCGUCCCUGUUGUCCAAUCGCGCGCCAACUGCAGGGCUCACCAGAAUAAACUCCGGACUCACACGUGUCGGAACCGGACUAGCUAAGCAGUUCAAUGUGAACGUGCUGGAUAGACCGAUUACUCAGCAUGGUAUAGCAGGUGUGCGACCGGGCACCACCAGAGGUUUACCUUUGACAAGGCAAAUCCAGGACAAAAGGUAUUACGAGGGUUUGCUACAGCUGAAGAUACGAGAACUGACGCAGGAGAUCGCGACGAUAAUGAAGGACAUUGAGGUGCAAAAUAAGGAGAAAGCGACUUUUUUGCACUACGACAAGAGAGCCAAGAGUCUGGCCGCGGAGUUGACGACGCUGCAGGCCGAGUUAGCGGAUUACAAUCUCGUAGUGGAGAAGAUGACCAUGGAUGUUGACAAGGAGGUAAUCGAGGAGGAAGCCAAGGAGCUGGCGUUGCUGAACGAGCGCAGGAUGGCGGAGGUCGAACGGAUGUUCGAGCAACGGAAACAGAUGAAACAGAAAUUGCUUAAGAUGGAAAAGGACAUCGAGAAUGAGAAGAAGAGAACGGAACACAUUAUCGAGAGCAUGGAUCCGCACACGAGGGAGAGGUACGACGAGUUGUUCAGACAGAAAACGGAAUUGCAGGCGCAGGUGCAGCAGAUGCAGCGCGAAUUGGAUCAGUUGUCGAAGGAGCAGGCGUAUCUGGAGGAACAGAUAGCGAUGUCGCAGAUGAAGCAGGAGGCAGUCAAGCUGCAGGUGAGAAUCAUCGAGGCGGAGGAAAAGCGGGACAAGCUGCGGGAGGAGGAAAGCAAGAGAUUAUCGCCGGAAGAUGAAAAGGAGCAGCUUCUGCAGAAGAUCAAACGUGACAACAGCGACAUUGCCGCGACAGAAGCGCAAAUAGCCGAGAAAGAGAAAAAGCUGGCGGAACUCGAACAGCAACUGGAACAACUGGAAACCGAUAUGGAGGACAAUCAGUCGGAGAAGCAGGUCAGGUAUCAGGAAUUGCGUAAACGUGAGGAGAUGAUGGAAGAGUUCAUGGCCACGUACGAGCAGAGCAAGCAAGAGGAAAUGGAAAAAUUGGAAAAACUCGAACGAGAAAUCGUCGACAAACUGGAAGCUGCGGCAAAUGCAGUGGAGAACAACGAAUACCUGACGAAAGCAGAAGAGACAGCUGUUUUGCGUGACAAGUCACCGUAUAGCGAUUACGAGGCCACUCAUCGCGACGACGACUUCGAAGAGCUGAAAAAUGACUACGCGGUCAUGCAACAAACGUUCAAUAAGCUGAGAAUCCUGGAGGAAAAGCUACACCUUGAAUCGAAACAGAUGAAGGAAAAACUGAAAAAACAACAGAGCGAAUUAAUCGUUUUGGAGGAUUUGGACGGUUUGAAAACGCGAAACGAACUCAAACGAGGUGAACUGAUUGCCGAACGCGAGGAAUUGGCGUCCGAGGAAUCGAUUCGCGAGAAUGAACUCAAGUCUAUGCAAGCGGAAUACGACGAACUUAAAGAGAAACUGGAAAAGUACGCGAUUUAUCCCGAAAUUAUCAAUCUGAAUGACAAGUUGGACAGCUUGAAAGAGGAGAAUAAAAAAAUCGAGGAAUUUAUAGCUAAAGAGAAAGAACGUGUUGAUUAUGAGCCGCUCAAAGAAAAAACCUUCAAACUAAUUAACGAUUAUAGCGUAAUACUACAAGAAAAUUUAAAAUCUCUUUAUUAAACUAAUUUUAGUAUACU